GAGUAGUUCCGGGGAGAAGAAGAAGAAAGAUGGCCAGAGCUAACGUCAGCUAGCUUCUGGGGCUCGAACAAUGCUGCGCUGGUGUUCAUUUCUUUGUGUUAUUCCUCCUCCGAGCGGCUCAUUCGUGACUGAAGAGCGACCCGUCGACGGCGUCAGAAGCCCGGCAGCGCGGUGUGUCGUCCGGGUGAUUUAUUGAGUGGUUUCUGGGGGUCUUUGGGGGGUCUCCUCGGGUCAGCUGGUCGUCAGAGAGGAUUGUGGGAACCAGUCGUCAUGGCGGCUCCGGUGAACAUCCAGACUCCCAGUAAGACUUGGGAGCUGAGUCUGUACGAGCUUCACAGAAGCCCUCAGGAGGCGAUCAUGGACGGGACGGAGGUGGCGGUGUCCCCUCGCUCUCUGCACAGCGAGCUGAUGUGUCCCAUCUGUCUGGACAUGCUGAAGAACACCAUGACGACCAAAGAGUGUCUGCACCGCUUCUGCUCCGACUGCAUCGUCACCGCGCUGCGUUCAGGGAACAAGGAGUGUCCGACCUGCAGGAAGAAGCUGGUCUCGAGGCGUUCGCUGCGCCGAGACUCGAACUUCGACGCUCUGAUCUCAAAGAUCUACCCGAGCCGGGACGAGUACGAGGCCCACCAGCGCCGCGUCCUGGAGCGCCUCAACCGGCUGCACAACAAGGAGGCGCUGAGCUCCAGCAUUGAGGAGGGGCUCCGCCAGCAGGCCCGCUACAGGAACCACCGGGUGAAGAAGCCGACUCAGGAGAGCGACAACACCACCUUCAGCGGCGGGGAAGAGAACGCCGACGCCCGCUCGCACCUGUCUCACGACGACUCCGCCCCCUCGCAUGCCCCGCUGCCCCCCGGCGGUCGGACCCCGUCGGAGGCGGGGCCUAGCCGCAAGCGGCCGCGGGCGUCGGACGACGGCUCGGCCGCCGAGGCGGACAGCGGCAGCCCGACCCCGCCGCUCCGGCGCCACAAAGAGGGGCCGGCCUCGGAGAUCGAGCUGGUCUUCAGGCCGCACCCGGAGCUGGUCCAAGCCGAGGACUACAGCCAGACCAGAUACGUGAAGACCACCGCCAACGCCACCGUGGACCACCUGUCCAAGUAUCUGGCGCUGCGCAUCGCGCUGGAGGACAGACGGGCCAACGGAGAGGCCGAGGACAGAGGACGCGAGGAGGGAGGAGAGGAAGCAGGAGAGACGGGAGGAAAGGCUGCAGGAGGAGAGGGCUCGAGUCUGAGGAACAUCAGCGAGAAGCAAUACACCAUCUACAUCAUGACGAGGGGAGGCCAGUUCUCUACGCUGAACGGUUCCCUGACGCUGGAGUUGGUGAAUGAGAAGUACUGGAAGGUGAGGAAGCCUCUGGAGCUGUUCUACGCCCCCACCAAGGAGCAGCAGCCUCCGCCCCAGAAGAGCCCCGCCCCUCAGAGGGAGGGCUGAGGGAAGCCCCGCCCACAGAGAUUUGGACAUUAAAACAACUCUUUGGCCGAUGGACCUGCAGAUUAAGCGAAGACGUUCUCUUGUUCUGUGCAGCCCCACAGCGACAAAGAGGAUCACGCAAAAUAAACUUUUAAUCUCAUAACUGAUUACAUGAAGGUUCCCUUUCAGCCAUCCAAAGUCUAAAUGUUACAAAAGUAAUGAGGUCAAGUCUAAAUUUAAAAUGAGAAUACGAAGUUGUGAUUUUGUUUUUCUUUCGACGCACUAAAUCAAAUUGUACAUUUCUAAUAACUGAAAAUCUUCAACUUUUCUCCAGUUCUGGUUCAUUUUUAAUUGCUUUGAGACUUAGAGUUCCUAAGAGAAAUGGUUAAGUUUCCAUCAGUAAUUUAAUCUAACGUGUUUUAGUGACUCAUUACUCUUGAUUACAUGUUAAGGGCUGGAAACUAUCCCAGCAUGCACUGGGGUAGCGUGCCGACACAUUUUAGGAGCAAUACUUUAGAUUCCUUGUGAUGUCUUCAGACGUGAGGCGGUAAUGAACCGUCCCUAAGCCAUAACGUCUCACUCCUUCACGUCUAAGCACUUUAACUCCCUGCAGCCAUAUUAGUUUCCUAGCUUACCUCAGUUUAUACGGAUUAUUUGUAUAUUAAUGCAAUAUUUUCCUUUUCUUCCGUUUGUAUAAUUAAACUCUCGUUAUGCAGCACAAUAAACAAUAAAAACCCAUUUGGUGUGAAAUU